UCACAAAUCGUAGCAAGUGAUUUUGAUAUAGAGAUCAGAUAUUUUGCGCACUUUCUGCAUAGCGGGGAUAAUACCGAACAACCACAGGCGGAGGCAAACAGGUUUGGGUCGUCCCCUUCAUGACAGCGCACUACAGAUUCGCGGGGAAGCUAGUUAGCUAUCGUACUGUUAGUUAUCCGAGUCUGAGGCCGUCUCUGAAAGGAUUUGCCAUAUGUAUUUGAUCGUAGAGGAUAUGGCGCAUUUAAACAUAAGGACUAUUUUGACUGCUGCGUUUUGACUGGAUUGCUAGCCAGCUAACUAGCUUUAGCUAAAUGCAUUGCAUCUAUUUCUAGCUAACUUUAGAUAGCUAACGUUACGUCGUGUUGCUUAUCGAAACACACAGCCCGCAAGAAGUUGUGGAUUUAACGCUACGUUAGUUAGCUAACGUUAGCUAGCCAUGCAAUUAUUGCAUGCCAGAUAGUCUAACUAAGCAAGCCACUCCUGAUUGUCUGUCUCAUGUUUUGCUACAACAUUUGUCCUCUAACCGAUUUGGCAACACUCGCUAGGCCAAGUCUUAUCAAUUUGUGUAUUUUAAUUUGCUCGUGGUAAACGCUAGCCUCUAGGUACAUACCAACAACUUGGUUGUUAAAUGUCGGAGAAGAGUUCGAACUCGUCGGGCUCAGAUGAAGAUGUGGAUCCCGAAUCUGGACAGCCCGUUGAACUCGGUGGCGUCCUAAGCAAGUGGACCAACUACAUUCACGGAUGGCAGGACCGGUGGGUAGUGUUGAAGAACAACACUCUGAGUUACUAUAAGUCAGAGGAUGAGCGGGAGUACGGCUGCAGAGGCUCUCUGUGUCUCAGCAAGGCUAUCAUCACCCCCCAUGAGUUUGACGAGUGUCGUUUUGACAUCAGUGUGAACGACAGUGUGUGGUACCUACGGGCAGAGGAUCCAGAGCACCGGCACCAAUGGAUCGACUCCAUUGAACUACACAAGGCGGAGUCAGGAUAUGGUUCAGAGUCCAGUCUGAGGCGUCAUGGCUCCAUGCUGUCUCUCACCUCUGCUGCCAGUGGCUUCUCUGCCACCUCGACCUCCUCCAAGUUGGACCUGAAGGGCCACAGCCUGCCGGAGAAGCUGGCGGAGAUGGAGACGUUCAGAGACAUCCUCUGCAGACAGGUGGACACGCUGCAGAAGUACUUUGAUGGCUGCGCAGACGGCAUCUCCAAGGAUGAGUUCCAGAGAGACAGAGUGGUGGAGGAGGAUGAAGACGACUUUCCCACGAGCACACGGCCCGAUGGCGACUGCCUUUACAACAACAACGGCAGCAAAGAGAAGCUGUUUCCCCCUGCCAAUCCUAAGGGCAUGAACGGGAUUGACUUUAAGGGCGAGGCCAUCACGUUUAAGGCCACUACAGCUGGAAUCCUGUCCACCCUCUCCCACUGCAUCGAACUCAUGGUGAAGAGAGAGGACAGCUGGCAGAAGAGAAUUGACAAGGAGCUGGAGAAGAGGAGAAGGGUGGAGGAUGCCUAUAAGUCGGCCUUGAGUGAACUGAAGAAGAAAUCUCACUAUGGAGGCCCCGACUACGAGGAGGGUCCUAACAGUCUCAUCAAUGAGGAUGAGUUCUUUGAUGCGGUGGAAGCUGCCCUGGACAGACAAGACAAGAUAGAGGAGCAGUGUCAGUCAGACAAGGUGAGGAUACCCAGACUUACCCCAGUCCCUCCUGGAGACACAUACUCCACCAUCGGAACCCACCGCUUCGCCAAACAGCCCCAUAGCUAUUCUUCCCUGUCCUCCGUUGCACUAGUCAGUGCCUCAGAUGAUGUUCACAGAUUCAGCGUGCAGGUGGAGGAGAUGGUCCAGAAUCACAUGACUUACUCCCUGCAGGACAUGGGUGGAGACGCCAACUGGCAGCUGGUGGUGGAGGAGGGUGAGAUGAAGGUGUACAGGAGAGAGGUGGAGGAGAACGGCAUCGUCCUGGACCCUCUGAAAGCCACCCAUGCAGUGAAGGGUGUGACGGGACACGAGUUGUGCCACUACUUCUGGGACACGGAUGUACGCAACGACUGGGAGACCACCAUUGAAAACUUCAACGUGGUGGAGACGCUCUCAGACAAUGCUGUUAUAGUCUACCAGACACACAAGAGAGUAUGGCCCGCCUCUCAGAGGGACGUCCUCUACCUAUCAGCUAUCAGGAAGAUCCUGGCGACCAAUGAGAAUGACCCAGACACGUGGCUGGUCUGCAACUUCUCUGUGGAUCACGACAACGCCCAGCCCACCAACCGGUGUAUCCGUGCCAAAAUCAACGUGGCCAUGAUCUGCCAGACCCUGGUGAGCCCUCCAGAGGGCAACAAAGAGAUCAGCAGAGACAACGUCCUCUGUAAGAUCACCUACGUGGCCAACGUGAAUCCUGGAGGCUGGGCCCCUGCCUCAGUCCUCAGAGCCGUGGCCAAGAGGGAGUACCCCAAGUUCCUCAAACGCUUCACCGGCUAUGUCCAGGAGAAGACCAGUGGAAAACCCAUCCUCUUUUAAACCUGUACAGGCAGAACACAUUUUGUCCUGAAGAGACAUGGCUACAUUUCCCAUCAUUUAAGGGGCUCCCACAGACUACAUUACCCAUUCAUCUGUCAACCAGAAUGUCUCCACAAACUAUAUUACCCAUGAUUCCACUGUCCAAAAUGUCCCAGAUGAAAUAUCCGUAUCAAAUGAGUAGACUGGUUUAGGGCUUUAUUCUAUCAGUAGUUGCUAGCCACCUGAGCCACAAAAACAACCAACAUCGUCAAGCUGUCCGUGGAUAUGUAUUUGUAUAUAAAUUCAAGAAUUUCUAUGCCGAUUUUUGAAUCACCUGAACCAAUUUUUUGCUUUUUGUAAAUUGUUUUAUACAUUUCCAAUUAUUGCAUUAUUUUUGACUAUACUUUUUUGUUUUCUUUAACCACUGAUUGUUUUCAUGCUGCUAAUUUUACUACAAAAAAAGAAUGAAAGUAGACAGACUGAGAGCAGUGUGUUGAGGCAGAGUAUGGCUAGCCUUCGUCUUGUCCUCUCCUAGUGACGACCUGUCCUGGAGUCUGA